GCCGGAAGAUAAAAGAGGAACACGGAGAGCCGGGGUUGCCUGUGCCGCUUCCAUGAGCGCUCUCGCUUUUGCCGACUCCUUCCUGCUGCUGAAGCGGUUCCUGUUCCUGAAGGGGGAAAAAAAAAAGCGAAGGCGGCUUCGGACACCGGGGCGGGUUGUUCUCAAGCAGAGAAGAAGCGACUCCUCACCCCCACCCCAGCCUGCCUCGAAUCCUCUACAUGGCAGGGAAUUUCUGGCAGAGCUCGCAUUACUUGCAAUGGAUUUUGGAUAAACAAGAUCUACUGAAGGAACGCCAAAAGGAUUUAAAAUUUUUGACCGAAGAAGAAUAUUGGAAACUGCAAAUAUUUUUUACAAAUGUUAUCCAGGCUUUAGGUGAACAUCUGAAAUUAAGACAACAAGUAAUUGCCACUGCUACUGUGUAUUUCAAGAGAUUCUAUGCCAGAUAUUCCCUUAAAAGUAUAGAUCCAGUACUAAUGGCUCCUACAUGUGUGUUUUUAGCAUCCAAAGUAGAGGAAUUUGGUGUUGUUUCAAACACAAGGUUGAUAUCUGCUGCUACUUCUGUAUUGAAAACUAGGUUUUCGUAUGCCUUUCCGAAGGAAUUUCCUUAUAGGAUGAACCAUAUACUAGAAUGUGAAUUCUAUCUCUUAGAAUUAAUGGACUGCUGUUUGAUAGUGUAUCAUCCCUACAGACCUCUGCUCCAGUAUGUGCAGGAUAUGGGCCAAGAAGAUAUGUUGCUGCCCCUUGCCUGGAGAAUAGUGAAUGACACGUAUAGAACUGAUCUCUGUCUGCUGUACCCUCCUUUCAUGAUAGCUCUAGCUUGCCUACAUGUGGCAUGUGUUGUCCAGCAAAAAGAUGCUAGACAAUGGUUUGCUGAGCUUUCUGUUGAUAUGGAGAAGAUUUUAGAAAUAAUCAGGGUUAUUUUGAAACUAUAUGAACAGUGGAAGAAUUUUGAUGAAAGGAAAGAAAUGGCUACUAUUCUAAGUAAGAUGCCUAAACCUAAACCACCUCCAAACAGUGAAAGUGACCAGGGUCCAAAUGGAAGUCAGAAUUCUAGCUACAGCCAGUCUUAAGACAUUCCGAAGAAAUUAAUUGUGGACCAUUUUGGAUGACAACAUGUUGGUAUCAUUUCCUGUGAAGACAAGGACAAAAGAUUACAAUAAUGGCUUUUCAGGAAAACAAGGCAAUCAACCCUGAAGAAUGUUUCUCAGAUUUACUGUAAACACACACCCAUUUUAGACUGGCACAAACAAAGCGUCAAACAAGCCAAGCUUUGGCUAAAGCUAGAAAAACAUAUUCAAAAACUGAAGAGGUUGUUGUUGUUUUAAAUAGUGAAGAGUUUUAAGAAACCAUGUUAACAUGAAAGCUGGGUGAGUGUAAUUGGAUCUUUGGUUUCCCUAUACUAGUUUAACCAUGGGAAAUGAUUUGAAAUGUUCAAUUUGAAAUUCUAUAUUUCCAGGCAUAUCCUCUAAAUCAGGGCUCCCCAACCCGUGGUCUGCAACCUGCCAGUGGUCCGCGGCCUAGGCAGGACCAGGCUGCAGACGCAGAUCCCCUGCCCGCCCACGAGCACUCCUCCAUGAGUGUACCCUGCGCAUGCGUGAGCGCAUUUUGCCCCGUGAGCACCCCUGAGCAUGCAUGCAAGUGGAAUGUGCCCACUAUGCACACAAGUGCGACAUGCCCCUCUGCGAGCACGAUGCCCCUCCCACUGGUCUGUGGUUGGGAAAAGGUUGGGGACCACUGCUCUAAAUGCCAUUGGACAUUGUACAACAAAGGGAAUGCCCUCCUUCUAGUAAACGAUUGAGAGAAACUCCUUUUUUAAAAAAAAGAGUAAGAAAAUGUUGCAUUCCUCAUCCAAACUUUAAGGAUAUGCUCUUGGUACCAAUAGUUUGAGAGUGGAACACAAUAUCGGGCAUAUCCAAAAAUGUGCAAUAUGUAUAACGCAAAUUGUGGCUGUUAUAAGAACAUUUCACUUUUUACAAAUGUUGAACUAUUAAGUCUUGUACAAACUGCAAGUCAAAUUUUGCAAUCCAAUCAAGUUGAGAAAUGAAGAAAUUAAUCUGCUUUGAGAGUGUGAUGGUGGGAUGUGUUGUGUGCUAGAAUUUAGUCUGCCUUCAUUGUUGCUAUGAAUGAUUUGUUACAGGCCUUUUGAAAAAGCAACAAAGUUCAGAUGAGACUAGAUCUGACAGUGGUAUUUUUUAUUACAGUAAGGGUUUAAUCAGACAAGAAUUGUUGCUCCUUUUAAUCAGAGGGCCAUAUCCUGUGCUCUUUACUCAGGCAGAUCUCCCACUGAAAUUGGGAUUUGGUCUAAAGCCCUAGAAUUUUAAUGAACAGACUGUGCACUUCAAAAUGUUCAUUUUGUGUCCUAAAACCAAGUAAGAAAUUACUGGUUUUCAGUAUCAGAUGUCUAUCCUGAGAACAUUAUAGUGCUAUAAAAGCUAAGGAGUGUUGGUUGGAAGUCUUGUCACAAGGUGCUUGUUCUAAAACUUGAUUUUUUAAAAAAGCAGCAGUGGCUGCAUCUACUUGAUCUGUCAUUCAAUUAAGUGUAACCAAAGUGUUUUUGUAUGCAAAUGCUUAAGCUCUUUGCACUUAACUGUUGAAGUUAUUUUUAUAAAGCGUGUUUGGAUACUGACUUACAAAAAUAUUUCUGUGAGAAGUGAUGUGUUUCUGGGUUCAAGUACCCUUAUCCGUUGUACUAUUUUGUUAAUAACUGGUAAUGUACCACAUUCUUGCUAACAUGACUGAUUGAAGACACCCUGUCCAUAGCAUUAUGGAAAUUAAUUUUGUUCCCCUAAGGGUUUCAAAUGUAUUUGUAAUGUGAACUAGCUAUGUAGGAAUAAAGACAGAAAUAAAUGGA